AAGAACAUUUUCAGUAGACACAACAUUAUUCCUGGAUGCUUGCAAAUCCUAAGCUAUAUUCAUACGUUAGUAUUACACAUACCUGUGUCAUAUACACAGAUUAGCUUUAAAAUUGUCACAUACCAUUACCAGUUUGCCUUUACUUUUAUGUAUCGUUCCCCUGACUUCCUUACUGCAGGUGUGGGCAAGAAAACUUUUCCUUUAAAACUUUUCAACAGUGGGCAUAAAAUUCUGCAGCUGAGGUCUUGAAGAAUGCAGAUGGGUAUAGUAUAUGUUGGAGCUCGCAGUGUGUAUUGACUAACUUUGUUUCUUUAUUUUUUUUUAUUUUGCUUUUCUGAUAUUGUCUUGUUUAAGUGGCUCCUGAGUGUAAAUUGUCUUCGGAGGGUGGGAAUCGGGUGGGAAGCACAUUUCGUGUUCCAGGCCAAGAUCCAUCUCUGCACGGCCUUGGAAAGCACACUGCAUAUUUGGUUUCCAAACCAAAUGGAAUGAUGUCUUAAUUAUCAGAUUGGCAAAUAGCAGUUGCCUGUAAAAUGUCAAGCACAGCCCUGUUUUGUGAUUCAUGGCCCUCUGCUACCAAGGGUUUCAAUAUCUCUUGCCCCCGUCCCUUAAAAAAAAARRAAAAAAAAAAGGGGAAGAAAAUAAAAGUUUGGGCUGUGAGCCAGAYUGUCUCCUUUUCUCUCUUCUGGCUGUGCUGCCUCUUUAUAUGGGUGACAGGCUGUGGACGCUAUUUGGCUCGCCAACACUGUGUUUAACAUGGUGUACUGGAUGAAUAAAUGCUAAAAUAGUAUUUGUUGCCAAUUAUAAGUGUUCCAGAAUAUCCUGUUGCCCUCUAAGGUUUUUUGAGUUAUCUUGGGGAGCAGGAACACCAAGUAUUUUAAUCUGCAUUUGAGGCGAAAUGAUCAUACCACCAUCUUGGUACUCUUACCAGUAUUCUAAUGUGUCCUUGUUUUAAACCACAACUGAAUUUCAGGAGAUGAAACCAGGCAAAGGGUGAAGUUCACAGAUGAUCGGGUUUGCAAGAGCCACCUUCUGGAUUGCUGUCCUCAUGAUAUCCUGGCAGGAACACGUAUGGACCUGGGAGAAUGUACAAAGAUUCAUGACUUGGCAUUGCGAGCAGAUUAUGAGAUUGCAAGUAAAGAGAGAGACCUGUUUUUUGAGCUGGAUGCUAUGGAUCACCUGGAAUCCUUCAUUGCAGAGUGUGAUAGGAGGACAGAACUGGCUAAGAAACGACUGGCUGAGACGCAGGAAGAGAUUAGUGCUGAAGUGUCUGCAAAGGCAGAGAAGGUACAUGAGCUGAAUGAAGACAUUGGAAAGCUCCUAGCUAAAGCUGAACAGCUGGGAGCUGAAGGAAAUGUUGAUGAGUCUCAGAAGAUCCUGAUGGAAGUGGAGAAGGUCCGAGCCAAGAAGAAAGAGGCAGAGGAAGAAUACCGAAACUCGAUGCCUGCCUCCAGUUUCCAGCAGCAGAAGCUGCGUGUGUGUGAGGUCUGUUCUGCCUAUCUUGGUCUCCAUGACAACGACAGGCGUCUUGCUGACCACUUCGGAGGAAAAUUACACUUGGGCUUCAUUCAGAUUCGUGAGAAACUGGAUCAGCUGAGGAAAACAGUGGCAGAAAAGCAAGAGAAAAGAAACCAGGAUCGUUUGAGACGGAGGGAAGAGAGAGAACGAGAGGAGAGAAUGGGCAGGCGGUCUGGAUCAAGAAAUAGAGAUCGUCGAAGAUCACGAUCCCGGGAGAGGAGGCGGCGACGCUCGAGAUCGGCUUCCCGGGAGAGGCGGAAGUCUCGCUCCAGGUCCCGAGAGCGGCACAGGCGCCACCGGAGCCGUUCCCGCAGYCAUAGCAGAGGCCACCGACGGGGUUCCAGAGACAGGAGCUCAAAACACAAAAAAGAAGUUUGGACAAUUAGGAAGUGAGGAAGACCCUGUAAUAACUAUUACUAAAGAGCAGAUCCUCUAGAGAUCGAUCUUCAAGAGAAAAGUCCCGAGACAGAGAGAGGAAAGAGAAGAGCUCCUCUGAGAGACGGCACGAGAGCACAAAUGGCAAGUCUCGUUCCAAGAGAUCAGAAGAGAGAGAAGCUGGCGAGAUCUGAACUCAAACGAUCUGUGUUGCACUGUAAAUAGUCUGAUAAACAUUCUACACAAAGCCUAAAUUUCCCAUUUAUAUUUACUGAAUACAACUCAUCUUUUGUAGUUUUGGAUUUUUAUUGUUUGGCAGAUAGCUGUGAGUUUGUAGAGACGCAGUUACGUACUGUUUAACAGGAUCUUGUUUUAGUAGGAAUAAAUAAAUCUGAUGGAUCGUUUUCAAUACAGGCCAGUGGUUCACACACAGUUUGUCAUGCCCCAGUGAUYGCGGCAGUUAGAGUUAAUGCUGUGGUUGGAAACCUAACCUGCUGUAAUGUUUGUAACACUUAUGCCCUUUCCAGAGCGUCUCCCUGACCCUUUGCACAGUUGGCGUUUGAGAACAGCGGUAGCACUGCUUCUAACUUGAUUCUUUUCUUUCU